UACGCGACCAAACGUAACACGUGUCGUCACUCCAAUGCAAAGAGCAUGCUUACUGCCAGUUGCUGCUGACGUUCGCACUACUACACAUGCGCGGAAUUUUAUACGAUUCAGCUGAGAUUAGACUUUUGUUGUUCUCGUUACAUGCUCCAGAAAUCGAUAUGGCUUCUACUUGUAUGAUCUUACGGCGUGGUAUCGCGACUUCAUGCGUCUGUCAUGGAAAACGAAAUUUCCGAAAAUUCCUUUUGUAUAAUAAACGAGGCAGUCGUCAGUUUAAAGAGGCACAGGCGAAAAAUCCGGAUCCUGACAUACCAAUAGACAAGAGAGAUGUAAGAGAUACUGGAAUCAAAGUAAAUGGUAAAUUUUACUUUGUGCCUGAGAUGGUCCCUGAAUUAAUUGUCCCCUCACUGGAAGGAUUUGAAUUGAAGCCUUAUGUGUCAUAUAAAGUGGAAGAAUUUGAUCAAGGUCGAUUCACUGCUCAAGAUUUGUUUGACAUAAUAUAUGCUGAGAAGAUAAAAAAAGACUUUAUAAAUGGUGAAUUGGAUGAGAACGGGGAGCCGUUAAGUCCAAGUGAAAAUGAACAACUCACACCACAACAAGCUAAGGACAAUGCUACAAAAACAGGCUGUGAUAUUUUUAGCGCUAAACAUUAGACAACUAUUGUAAGUUAUGACUCGAUUAUGGCUCUUAUAAUUAUAUUGUAAAAAUAAAUUUUCUCUUGCGGGAGCAUAGGAUUAUGAAGUAAAUAAAUAUCUUCAAUGUGGUCUGAACGCAUUAAUUUAA